ACUCAAAUCUUGUUAGCUUCAAACCUGAGGCAAUGUGCUGUAAUUAUCACUGAAAAAGCGCCAUCAGCUUCGACAUAAACUCUCACUCAGGUGCUGAAGUAUUUCAUGUCAGAAAGAAAAUGAUAAAGAGACCGCCACCGCCUGAUCCUAUCACAGUUCUGAGGGGCCAUCGCGCUUCUGUAACGGACGCUUGUUUCCAUCCAUCGAAACCUAUACUUUUCACUGGUUCAGCGGAUGGUGAGCUGCGAAUUUGGGAUACAGUUCAACAUCGAACGAUAUCAUCUGCUUGGGUGCAUAGUGCAGCUCAUGGGAUAAUUUCUAUUGCCAGCUGUAAUUUGAAUGGGAAUGAUAAAGUAAUAAGUCAGGGUAAGGAUGGAACGGUUAAAUUAUGGGAUAUUCAAGAAGGAGGUCUGUCCAGGGUUCCUGUAGUUACAAUCAGGACAAACUCGUAUCAUUUCUGCAAGCUUUCUUUAGUGAAGAAGCCUGGUGAUAAGGUGGUACACGAUAAAGGGCCUAAUCACCAACAUGAGAUCGAGGCUUUGGAAACUGUUGAUACAAAUGUUUCGUAUGAUAGAGAAAACAGACAUAAUGAAAAUUCAUCAAAGUGCUCAAGUGACUCCGAAGAAGACAAGCAUAUUGAUGUGCUGAAGUGUGUUGCAAUAGCAGGGGAGCAGUCCUCUGAGGUUGAGAUAUGGGAUCUUAAUACUGCAGAAAGGAUUUCGCGGUUGGCACAAAACUGCUCUGGUGGCUCAUCAAGUAUUACCACCCAAAAAAGAGGGAUGUGCAUGGCAGUUCAAGCAUUUUUACCAUCAGAAUCACAGGGAUUCCUAAAUCUGUUGGCUGGUUAUGAGGAUGGUUCUAUGCUUUGGUGGGACAUGCGAAGCCCAGGUGUUCCUCUAACGUCAGUAAAGUUUCAUACUGAGCCAGGUGAGAUCCUGCAUUUCAAGACUCCCAACCUUAGUUUUGUCCUCAUGAGAGUUGGUCAUUUGAGUGGUCUAUUUGCAGUUCUAAGCUUAUGCAUUGAUGGUUGGUGUACGGGGGGUAUCUCUGGAGCUGCUGAUGACAAAAUUGUGUUAUUCAGUUUGGAUAAUUGUUUGGGUUCAUGUGUGAUCAAGAAAGAGAUUACCUUGGAACGACCUGGUAUAUCAGGCACCUCAAUCCGAGCAGAUGGCAAAAUUGCUGCAGCUGCUGGUUGGGAUCAUAGAGUCAGGAUAUAUAACUAUCGCAAAGGGAAUGCUUUGGCAAUAUUGAAGUAUCAUCAUGCUACGUGUAAUGCUGUCUCAUAUUCAUCUGAUUGUAAGCUACUGGCCUCUGCCUCAGAAGACACAACAGUUGCACUAUGGGUACUGUAUCCGCCUCAAACUUGAAAUAAUAUGAUAUCCUUUAUACUAAUCCGCGAAUGGCUAGGUUGUUGCUAGUUUUUGGUCAUCAGAAUGGUUCGAUGUUGAUUCCCAAAUCUGUAUUCAUGUUCUUGGUAUGGAAAGCAGUAAAGCAUUCACGAGCUACGUUCUUUCCUGCAUUACCGAGAUUCUAGAUCUGUUUUAUGCUUCAUCUAUUGUACCUUCAUCUGCUAUGCUGUUCUCAUGAGUUUAAACUGGAACUCCAACUAGAAUCUUAGGUUUAACUCCCAUUAUGCUCUGGGUAGCAUUUAAAAAGGAUCCAAUGUACAGACAAUGAUCCCAGUUUUAUGCAUUUUGAAAGUUGAUUCUUAGUGGCUGUAAUCUCCAUCAUUACUAGUGGAUCCUUUUUGUACCUCUUGAUACUCUUAAUUAAUGCACUUCAUGUUUUAUGA